AUGCAGAGCUCAAGGGAUCCCUUGUGCGACGCAAACGACGUGCAUUCAGUGGGAAAAAACCUGGGAAUUAUGAAAAGGAAUUCGCUCCACAUUUUUGGGACACACAGUGAGCAGUCCGAUAGCAAGAAGAAGCAAGUCUACUCUAGGGUCUUACAGGCGGAUAGACAGUACAACAAAGAAAUUUUUCACAAAAUGAAGGAUUUUUACAGAAUUAAUGAGAGGACUAGUUUGAGUUGCGAUAGCAGCCCAGCUAGCAGCUCCAACGAUGUUCAAAAAAAAACGAAAGGGGAAAAUCCGAGUGGCGAAAAAAUGAAAGGGGAAGGAGAAAAGGCGAAGAAUGACUUGGUAGAUGAAAAAUUGGAAAAAAAUAUUGGAAAACCUUUCAUCAAGAAAAGGAAAAAGCUGUUACACGAAAUGACAUGUGUCCCAUCGGAGAGUAAUUCGAAAAGUAAGCGCCAAGUUGGAAGAGGAACGGAUGGAAAGGAGCCCAUUGAAAGUGAUCAUAAUGAGCGGGAUAAUAAGACGUUUUCACCAGAAGAAGUUACCUGCAGAGAAGAUCUUCCUACACGUAAUUUAGUUCAAAGAGAGGACAAAGUGGAUGAUUCAAAGGAGGUAAUAGAACAAGAUGGAAGACAAGCUGAUCCUGUUGUUAACAGGAGAAGUGAUACUUCUUCGCCUUUGAAUGAAUACACAGAGGGAGCAGGCAAUAAAGAGGGAAACGAAUUAAACGGCGGCUGCACCAUUCGGGAAGAAAAAAUUAGUGGUCAAAUUAGUUUUGGUGGACAGAUAAUUACUCCUUAUGGGAAUUAUAAAGAUGAGUUAUGUCACGUCUACUGCAACAAUUUAGAAGUAGGAAGUGGAAGAAAGAGUGGGGACCAUAUCGCUGUACCGAAAAAAAGACUUACUUCUGUAGCAUCAGAUAAGGAAAAUGGGGAAAAUAAAAAAGAUGAGUUAGCCACUGUAGAUUCUUAUGAUGGUCAAAGGGAAAAUAUGCCAAUUAAGCGUAGUCACUGUUCUGGUGAAGAUAAAGCGAGUAUCAACACUGCAAGCUGUGAGGAGCAAAUGAAUGAAAAAACGGAGUCAAAAGAGAAGAGGAAUUCAAACAUAGGUUGUGCUAAUGGUAGCAGUGAAGCCACGUUCAGAAAGACCCUUAAACGUGUACUCAACGGGAGUAACAGCAUUGUGAAAAAUAGUAUUGUCGAGAAAAAGAAAAAGAUUAGGAGCAUUCACAACGAAAUUUUGAGUCUCAUUAGUGCGGAUAGCCUUGCAAGCAAAGGAGAGUUGAUGAACUGCGGAAUUAAUUCUCUAGGCAGAAAUGAUGUAACAGUUGAUGAAGGAAGUCAAAGGGAGAAGCAAUUACACACAGAAGUAAAUGAAAAAGAAGGAAAAGAGGGAUAUCUACAGAUAGACAACCAAACUGGCAUGAUCGAGGAGUAUCCGCUUAUCAGCCCAUCUGAAGAAAGGAUCAUUUUAGAAGAGUACAAAUUAGUAUCCUGCGAUGAAAGGGGAUCACUCAAAAAAGGGGUAUACCAAGUGGAUUACGAAAAUGAUGGUAGUGUGCAGAGCAAAGGUGUUGCAGUGUAUCACAAAAAGGAUAGACUUAUAGAAAAGUGUAUAAAUGGAUACAGAUCAAAAAAUGAAAGUAAAAAUUGUGUGAAGAUGCCUCAGAAGGGAGGUAAUUACAAGGAGAACCCCCCCCGCGGAGGGAGAAUCUCGUGGAAGCCACAACCAAGGAGAAGCCUAUUAAAAAAGGUAAAGCUAAUAUACGAGAGGGAAAAAAAAACAUUGGAGAUAAAUCGAAAAUAUCUGAAUAAGUAUGGUUACUUUAAAGUAAUUUUGAGUACAUACACUAGAAAUGAUCUUCUGAAGAUGAACGAGCAUGGCGUUGAUUUUGGCUUGUCAAGGAUUUUGUUCUCACAUGAUAUCAUAAAGAAAAUUAACCGAAUAAACUUCAAGACAGUUAUAAAAGCUCUUGAUUUUUACGGCUACGUGUACGACAAUACAUUUUUAAAAAGGUUAUCUAAUAAGGUCACUAUGAACGAAUGGCUAUGUAAUGCCAUUUUUUUUCAAAAAAUAUUUACAACCAAGAUACUCAAUGUGGGAAUAUUCUUUGACCUUGUGUAUCAUUUCUUGUAUUUGAAUCCGGCCUUUAUAUAUUUUUUCUUUAGCAAAAAUGGCGGAAACUAUGUAAAAAAAUUUUCUCUAUAUGACAGAUAUAAGGCACUCAGAUUAGUGAACAAGGUUGUUGCUCAGUUGAAAAUUAUUAGGCCCUCUACGGACUCGGUGGUGAAUUUUCUAUUUGGAUUUUUUUCAAAUACAAAGGAUGGAGAAGAAGCAAAAAAGGGUGGUAGGAAGAAGGCCUUACAUGGGGAUGAACCCAGAAAAAAGGGCAACUCGGCGGAUGUGGCUGUGAAGGAUGUGGCUGUGAAGGAUAUGACCGUGAAGAAUGUGACCGUGAAGGAUGUGACCAUGGCAGAAUGGGAGGCCCUCAUUAACCAAAAUAACCAUUUAAGGAGGAAGCCCAAAGGAGGGAAGGAAAAUACCCACGUUUAUAUAAAGAAUACCAAGUUUAAAAAAAUAGGGCUACGAAAUAUUUUAAACAAAAUUUGGGAAAAGACAAAUUUGUACGUAAAGGAGGAAGUGUAUUAUGGGAAUAACUUUACCGUUAGAAAAAAAUUAAGAGAAAAUAGAGCCCAUUAUUUGAACAUGUUGAAUAAUCUUUUAUUUGAUUCUAAUGGUACGACGAGUACGUAUGGGUCUUAUUCAUUUGGGGAUGAUCAGGAUGAGGAAGGGGAGCCGGGUUACAGUUUGGACAAAUCAGGACAAAUUAACUUUGGAAUUAACGAGAAAAUGAGUGAUUCCCUCCAUCAGAGCAGGUACCAUCUGUGGAGGUAUCCAUAUGGCGGUGAGAACUCAGACGGGGUUGAUAAUGUAGAUGGUGGUGAUAAUGUAGACGGGGUUGAUAAUGCAAAUGGUGGUGAUAAUGUAGAUGGUGCUGAUAAUGUAGAUGGUGGUGAUAAUAUAGACGGGGUUGAUAAUGCAGAUGUUCGUGACAACGUGAUUAGCUGCGACGAAAGAAGAGCCACCAAAACGUUUCACUCCCUGGACUGUGUGCCCAACAUAUCCUUCGAUUUGUUCUCCCAGGAGGGGGACUCCUUUCAAAGGGAAGAUUCGUAUCUAACCCUAUGUUUCAAGGAGGAAGAAAAAUGUGACACAGAGAAGUAUGUUAAGGACCUUACCUACCUAGGAAUAAGAGUUAGCUAUAAGGAAAACAAAAUAAACUACUACAACUGUUUUGAUGUGAAUUUGAAGGUGUACCUAGAGGAAUGUCUGUUGGCUGAUGUGAAAUAUAAUAUUUCCAAGGAGGGUGAUUACACAUCUGCUUUUUUUCCUGUGUGGCCCCACAACCCUGAUUACUUUGGUUACCAAAUAGGGACAAACAUAAAGAAGGAGAUGAACAAAAUUAGGAAAAGCCUUGUAAUGAAAGAGAGAGGGGAAAUGGGAAAAAAAUCCACCGCAAUUGUCCUUAGCCGAAUGAAUAGUAAAGCGACAAAGUGUGGUGAAUAUGGCACCAAAGGUACAAUGCACGAAGAAAAAAAAAAAAAAAAAUUCCUUUUUUCUAAGCUACACUGUGGGCUGAAUAGUGCAAAGAAGAACUCACAUAGAAGAGACAGCCAAGAGUGGAAGGAAGAUAAGAUUCGAAAUGUUGAUCAUAUGAAAAUAAAGGAUUGUUGUUUUGUGUUAAGUGUAAAAAUAUAUCCCAUGCGCACUUUAGCAUUGUACAUUUUGUAUAAUGCCUUAUACGAAGAUAACAACACAAAGUUUGUGGAGCUCUACUCUAGUAGCUUAAACAAAGAAACGAAGGAAUGGCUACUCCUCUUUCUUCUUCCUAACUUUGUAAAUAAAUGCAUACAUAAAGUUACGUACCCCUUAAAAUUGACAAAAAAUAUUUUCUCCGAAUCGAAUGAAUUUUAUGAAGACUUUUUCUCCAAUGAAUAUUUAAAAAUUAAUGACAUCGAGAAAAUUAUUAUAUAUACAAAAAAUAACAGCGAUGACGAUAUGGAGAUAUGUCCCUUUUCCUUUUGCUACUUGUGGUUAAAAUUUACCAAGUACAGAAUUGAUAGAUGGAUUAGCUCCAAAAUUAAUGAAGUUCUUUUUACAUUUCCUUUUGCGAAUUUUUUGCUCAGUAAAUAUUUUUCCAAUUUCAUUUUAUUCAUUCAGUUAUUUCAUACGUGCCUGGAUAUAGAUCAUAUGUAUCUCUGUAAGUCUCACUUUUACGUUUCUCUCAAGCAUAAUUUGUCCUUUCUGCACGAAUCCCUCGUUAACGUUCUGUUUUCCCCGCCCCAGAGGUGGUAA